CUUCUUCUUGCUUUUUUUUAUUUUAGGUAAAGCAAAUCAUGGAAGAAGCUGUCACCCGGAAAUUUGUACAUGAAGACAGCAGUCACAUCAUCGCCUUAUGUGGUGUAGUGGAAGCGUGUCUCCUGCACAUGCUGAAGCGCAGGGCUGCCGGCUUCCUGCGGACCGACAAGGUAGCUGCGCUGUUCACCAAAAUUGGCAAGACGUACGCAGUAGCUGGAGACAUAUGCAAGAAAGUGCAGGAACUGCAGCAGCAGGUAGAAAGCAGGAAAAAUCAGCCAAAUGGGCAAGAAUCCCUCAAGAGGCAGGGAUCAACUACAAGCAAAACACCUGUCCUUACACCUCAAGCUAUCAAACACAUAUGGGUUCGAACAGCCUUGAUUGAGAAAGUCCUCGACAAAAUUGUGCAGUAUAUCGUUGAUAACUGCAGUAAAUAUUAUGAAAAAGAAGCUUUACUGGCAGACCCUGUUUGUGGCCCAAUACUUGCCUCUCUCUUAGUUGGACCAUGUGCGCUGGAGUACACCAAGUUAAAAACAACUGAUCACUACUGGACAGACCCAUCGGCAGAUGAGCUUGUUCAGCGGCACCGGAUUCACGGAGUUCAUGGCCGUCAAGACUCUCCUUCAAAGCGCCCAGCCCUGGGAAUCCGGAAAAGGCAUUCAAGUGGGAGCACAUCGGAGGAUCGCUUUGCUGCUUCGGCAAGGGAAUACGUGGAGUCCUUACACCAGAAUUCCCGAACGCACCUCCUGUACGGGAAAAACAAUGUCUUGGUCCAGCCGAAAGAUGACUUGGAGGCAAUUCCUGGGUAUCUUUCCCUUCAUCAGUCAGCAGACAGUUUGACGUUAAAAUGGACUCCAAAUCAGCUGAUGAAUGGAACCCUUGGAGAUUCAGAGCUGGAAAAAAGUGUGUACUGGGACUACGCGUUAAUAGUGCCACUCAGCCAGAUCGUCUGCAUUCACUGCCAUCAACAACAAAGCAGAGGGACGUUAGUCUUGGUGAGUCAGGAUGGAACUCAGAGACCUCCACUGCACUUCCCACAAGGAGGUCACCUUCUUGCAUUCCUCUCCUGUCUGGAAAACGGCCUUCUGCCUCGCGGACAGCUGGAACCACCACUCUGGUCCCAACAGGGCAAGGGUAAAGUAUUUCCAAAGCUUCGAAAACGGAACAGCAACAGAUCAGUGGACCUAGAGGAAGUGCCAGUUGAAGACAAUGCUACAGACUAUGUAUUCCGAAUUAUCUAUCCAGGACACAAGCAUGAUAACAACACCAGCGACAUGAUAGAGAUGCAAGGCUUUGGGGCAAACCUGCUCUCGUGGCAGCUGGAGCACUGUAGCCAAGGGUCCUCGUGUCUCUCCUGCUCAACAGGCAGCUCUCCGUAUGACCUACCCUAUUGUUGUAACUGCAUCCAUGACAGAACUCCAUUAAAGAUGUUGUGUGAAAGCAUGAAGAGGCAAAUAGUUUCCAGAGCCUUUUAUGGAUGGCUUGCUUACUGCCGCCACUUGUCGACGGUGCGAACACAUCUGUCCGCGCUCGUGAACCACACUAUUAUUCCACCUGACAAACCAGCCAGUGCUUCAGGAGGCCUGACAAAAGAGGUCUGGAGCAAGUAUCAGAAAGACAAGAAGAAUUACAAGGAACUGGAAUUACUAAGAAGAGUUUACUAUGGUGGGGUACAGCAUGAGAUUCGAAAGGAGGUAUGGCCAUUCUUGCUAGGUCACUACAAAUUUGGCAUGGCCAAAAAGGAAAUGGACCAGGUGGAUGAAGACAUUGCUCUCCGGUAUCAGAAGGUCAUGGCUGAGUGGAAAGCCUGUGAGAUCAUUGUAAAGCAGCGGGAGAAAGAAUCACAUUCUGCCACAUUGGCAAAGUUUUCAUCAGGCAGCAGCAUUGAUAGCCACGUCCAGCGACUGAUUCACAGGGACUCCACCAUCAGCAAUGACGUCUUUAUAUCUGUAGAUGAAAUGGACUCAGCAGAGCGAGACUCCAAAGGUCAGGAUGACCCCCCUUUCACUGUGGUGUCCGCAGACACUCCAGCAGCAGUAGCUGCCGUAGAGCAUCAGUCUGUAGAGUUUGACUCUCCCGACUCCGGGCUGCCAUCCUCUCGGAACUACUCGGUGGCCUCCGGCAUCCUGUCCAGUAUCGACGAUGGGCAGAGCGUCUCCUUUGAGGACGGGGCUGAAGAAGAAGCUAGCACCGACCUGGAAAGAACUGAUGCAGACACCCCACGUGUGCAGAAAGCCAAGCCAGCCGCACUGGAGUCCCAGGAUUCGGUAUCUGAAGAGCAGCUGUGUUCCCAGGUGGACUAUUUAAUGGAUGUUGCUUCUGUCUGUGCUGCAUCCUACACAGUAGGUCACAACAUAUGUAUCAUUAUCUUCUGUAGUGCACUGUUUUUCUAG